AUGUCUGCCCGUAAGGACACCCACGAUCUCGGUUUCAUUGUCCAACCUGCCCUGCGGAGAGAUUGGGAACUGUUUGGCAAUAAAAAGAGCUUGGAUGCUCUCAUUACCGCGGCCGAUAGUCUUGCCAGCAGGUACGACGAGCGAGUCCAGGCCAUCCGCAGCUGGGACGGGUUUUCAAACGCGCACCACCACAUCACGAGCAUGGACGAUGAUUUCUUGGUGAUCAUUGACAGUCUCUGCAAUCUUGACCUCCUUUUCUAUGCCGGCAGCUAUACACGGAAUGCCCGCCUUCUUUCAAUCGCCAGCACUCACGCCACUACCCUCCUGACCAGCCAUCUUCGCAAAGAAAAGAUGGUGAACAAUGAGACAUGUUACUCUACCUACCACGGGGUCAAUUUCUCUCCACAAACGGGAAACGUCAAGAGAAAGCUCACUGCACAGGGUUAUUCCGACAGCUCGACCUGGGCGCGAGGCCAAGCGUGGGCGAUUCUAGGCUACGCCCAGACAUUUUCCUGGACUAAGCAGCCCGAAUUCCUGGAUGCCGCGAAAGGCUUAGCCAACUAUUUCAUAUAUCGCUUGGAGUCUGCCCCCAAGAUUGUCGAAGAGGACGGCCGUGGUCGUUACGUUCCGCUAUGGGACUUCGAUGCCCCCAUCACCUACACCACUAUCAAUGGGGCGUCAGCUCCCUUGAGAGACGUCUCUGCCGGAAUGGUUGCUGCAAAUGGAAUGGUCGUUCUGUACGGACAGCUCCUGGGAAUUGGCGAUCAUGACUCUGCUAAGCGGUACUUGGAUUACGCUAUGGCCAUCGCCAAGGAUACCGUUGCACUUGCGUACAACCGCGGAGAAAUGAGGUUGAUUCUCGACGAGGAAAGCUCCAAGAUACGUGCCGAGGCAUGUGGAGGGGUUACUGAGCGUCGCUUUGACGCGAUCUUGGAAAGAUCCACUGCUAAUUUCAACGAGAAUCACGCUGAUCGGGAUUGGGAUCAUGGCUUGGUGUAUGCGGACUAUUACUUUUUGGAACUUGGAAAUCGGUUGCUUAGCUUGGGCCUAGUUUGA